GACGAAACUUACUUAGUUAUGAUUUGUAUCUGACACCGGUGACAUCGCAGCUUCGAUAUCCGGUCUUAAAAAAAGAGAGUUUUUUUUUAAAGAGGUUUCUUAGGUGUUGAUUGGGUGUGUGUGUGUAGGUGGCAUACGGCGAAGCGUACGAAGAAAGGAUAGAACACACAUCCGCCCAAACAACCUGUUAACGCGAAAACCCCUACCCCGAAAAAGGAACACGCACCUCACGCACGCACGCACGCCAGUAGCAGCAGCAGCAGUAGCAACAGCAGCAUGGGUCAGCAUGUCGGGCGCACCGAGCACACCGAUCGCAGCACGUCGCAGAUCUGAGGAAGCGAUCAGCGGGCCGGAAGAGGCCGGACGUACGGUGCGACCGUCCGCCAGUCCGACCGGAAGUGAACCGUGCCAACCCGCACAGCAGCCGCCACCGAGCGGAGACGGCCGCCGCGACGCAACCGACGACGAAAUGCGGCGAUUCGAAUUUUGCAACAGUCCCGCUGCCGCUAGUAUCGGUACCGACGAUGCCGCCACCGCACCGGAUGUUGUUACGAAUCCAGUACGAUUGGUGGUCGUUCGCGUACGUCAUCGAGACGACAAUAUAAAUGUACAUUUGCAUACAUACCGGAACGGUGGUGGCAAAUGUGUACCGCUGCGAAAGGAUUGGUGCAGAAUGCUGUGCCCCGGCAUGAUAUCGGUACACGAAGUUCUUAUGGCGGUAUUUAUCAGUAUGGCGGUACUGUCGGUGGAUUCAAAAUCAAUAGAUACGAAACAGCAGCAACAGCAGCAGCACCAUCAUCACCACCAACCACAAUCACCGGAACAGCGCAUGUGGUUGAAUCCCUGUGGGUAUCCUUCACCGUACGAGAUCACGAUCAACAAACCAAUCAAUAUUGAUCUCUCGAAAAUGCGCGACCAAGUCAACACAUCACUCGGUACGAUGGAGGUGUCUAUCAGGAACUACACAAAAACCAUUUUUGGCGUACCAAUGGAUCGGCACCAUACAACCUGGGAGAGUCGAGACGAACCGUGGAUCUACAAAGAUGGGUUGCGCAUACCGAAGAAGUUUCGCAACGACAUUGUGGACACGAUCUAUAUGCGAAUCUCGUACAUGUCGAUCCAGGAGGCGACCCGUGACUUUUACCGGCUGCUAAAGGACUCGUACCGGCGCUACAUACGGCUCGCGAAAGGGAUCGAAAAGAUGAAGGAGGACCUGGAGAACGUGCACAACAAGGCAAAGUACAAGCGGUACGAGAUCGAGCUGCUGAACCAGGUGCGGGAGGAGGUGCGCCAAAGCCUGCAGCAGGUGUUGUGCGAGAUCUUCGAAGUGCUGGUAGUGAUCGACAAGAAGUUCCUGUUCCAGACGCUACGCGAGGAUCACUCGAUCGACAUUAACGAUUCGUACCUGGACGAAAGCGAACGGAAGCUGCGCGACUGGACGAUUUACCGGGAGCUGAUCAAUCAGCUCGAGUACAUCAUCCAGUACAUGAAGGCGCUCGAGCAGCGGCGCACGCCGAACGGCAACCAAAGCACUGAAUAGGAUGGACUGUUUUACAGGGAAAUUGAGAUGAGGGUGUUAACACUGUGGUACUGAUGGAAACGGGCAAGUUGAUAGUAGUCGGAUAGCGCUUUAAGCUCUUCAUCAUCAUCAUCAUCAUCGGAAUUGCGAACUUAACUGUACUGUAUGCAUAUGCACACUAUUGGAAGAUUAUCUUUUAAUUUAUAUACACAUUUAUAAUAUAUGCAACAAAUAUACCUAUA